GCACGGCUGGCCGCGAGCGCUUUUUCAUGUCCCUUCUGCCAAAGGAGUCGCUCCGGUCUGACGCCCAGGAGCCGGCGCCACACGCCUCGCACUGCCCUCGCUGCGGCGCCGGCCGCUGCUUUGCCGCCGCGAGCUCGUCGAGAGGGACGAGCUCGAGAGGGAGCACCGAGUAUUUGGAUACCUCUCUCUACGUCGACGUACGGGCCAGGCUCCCGUGGCUCGUCGGUCUAAUGCUAGUGCAGUCGCUCUCGGGUGUCAUCGUCGAGAUCUUCUCCAGCCUCAUCUCGGACCACAUCGUACUGACCGCCUUCCUCACGAUGCUCGUCGGAGGCGGCGGGAACGCGUCGGGCCAGACGAUCGCCGACCUCGUCCAGCGCCUCCGUACUGGAGAGGUGUCGCCCGCGGACUUUGGGAGCGUGCUCGCGCGCGAGGCGUCGAUCGGCGCGAUCCUCGGCCUGACAGUGGGCGCCUGCGCUUUCCCUCGCGUCUCGCUGCUCUCCAAGCACGCCGGCCUGGUCGACGCUGUCGCAAUCUCCACCGCGUACGCGAUCAUCGUCUUCCUCGCCAACGUCGUGGCCGUCUGCGUCGUGCUCUUCCUCGACCGGUACGGCCAGGCCGCCGUCGGGUCUCCGCCGGUCGUGCAGGUGGUGGUGGACGUGGUCGGCACAACCAUCGCGUGCGUGGUGGCGCACCACGUCUACUCCCUCUUCAGCAGUGCGGAGGAGUCCGCACCGAGCUAGCACCCGGUGCCUUCCCGCACGCGCCGGGCCAUUUUGCGUGAGGAGCCGAGCGAAGCGCGGCCCGACACAGUCGUCGUCACCGUAACCUUUGGGCCUAUUGCUACGGGCGGGGACCUUCCCUUCUACCCAUCUCCUAGUAGAGGUGUCCGUUUUUAUUUAGAGCCAAAAGCAUGUCC